CCAUAACGUGACAUGAUGUGGCUCGUCGUUCUAAUUGCAGCAACGUCCUUAUUGGUGAACAAAAUCGACUCCAGGCCUCAGACGACAGUCAGUACAGAAUGUGCUCCAAUGGAUGUCGUAUUUCUGCUGGAUAGCUCUCGAAAUGUCGACUUCGAUAAACAGCUGAAGUUUGCCAAUGAUGUGGUAGACCAACUAGAUGUUGGGCCGGGCCCUAGCCAGACGAGGGUUGGAGUCAUCAGCAUUGGCUACACGUACCUACUGCAAUUCUACCUCCGGACACACACAACAAAGGAGGAGGUCAAGACGGCUAUAAGUCAGAUUCGUCAUCGCUAUUCCUACCAGACCAACACCGGAGCAUCCAUUAGAUUCCUGACGCAGUACAUGUUCAGGUCAUUCUUUGGCGGGAGACCAGACGCAACGCGUGUGGCAAUCGUCAUCACUGAUGGACAGUCCAAGGACCCUAAGAGUACUAGGUACGAGGCUCUCCUUGCAAGGAAAAAAGGCAUCAAAAUGUUUGCCGUUGGUGUCGGGUUGGCGAAUGAAGAUGAACUUCUUAGCAUUGGUAGUCAACCUACUGACAACUUUGUGUUCAGGGUCGACAGCUACAACUCUCUUCUUUCAGUAAUACCCAACCUACCAAAGACCUCCUGUGAAGUGUCUGCAAUAACUAAACGGCGUCCAGCACCAACAAAACGAUUCACAUUCCCUCCACUCAUCUUUAAUGAGUUCAAAUUUGUGCCACCAAAGGCACGUAAUCCCAUGACCUCUGCGCCACCAACACAACCAAGCCGUUCACAAACAACUAAAUUAUCAACUCUUGGUCCGUUUUCAUCUGAUUCUACCACAGUUCGACCGUCCACACAAGCACCAACAGUCCUUGUUUCACAGUCAUCUGAAUCAACAACGAAGAAACCUUCCACAGAAUCGCCAACAACCUUUGGUCCACAGACACCCGAACCGACCACGAAGAAGCCGUCUACAGAAGCGCCAACAACUAUUGUUCCAAGGACACCCGAACCGACCACGAAACAGCCGUCUACAGAAGCGACAACAACUAUUGUUCCAAGGACACCGGAACCGACCACGAAACCGCCGUCCACAGUAACAACAACUAUGGUUCCGGAGACACCGGAACCGACCACGAAACAGCCGUCUACAGAAGCGACAACAACCCUUGGUCCACAGACACCGGAACCGACCACGAAACAGCCGUCUACAGAAGCGACAACAACCCUUGGUCCACAGACACCGGAACCGACCACGAAACAGCCGUCUACAGAAGCGACAACAACCCUUGGUCCACAGACACCGGAGCCGACCACGAAACAGCCUUCUACAGAAGCGACAACAACCCUUGGCCCACAGACACCCGAACCGACCACGAAACAGCCGUCUACAGAAGCGACAACAACCCUUGGUCCAUGGACACCGGAACCGACCACAAAACAACCGUCUUCAGAAGCGGCAACAACCUUUGGCCCACAGACGCCCGACUCGACCUCAAAACAAUCUACAGAAGCACCGACAAGAGUGCAAUCAUCUACAAUCUCCAAUCAACAAACAGUACUCGUUUCACAUUCGCCUUUUGCAUUAGAAAAUGCCAAUUCCCCUGAAGGUUUAUCGUCUUUGUUUCGGGAACCUGUUGAGAUCAACAACGCACCUACGAAAGAAGUGUCUGAGACAAAAGAAAUAAACAAUGUUGAUUUCAGAAAGUCACAAAAAAAACGGAGACUUUUGAAGAAAAAGCUAAGGAAAAAUAAUAUCUCCAAUGAGAUAUCAUACCAGAAAGGCAAAUGGGCGCCCGCUCCAAGUCAUCAGAUGAGCGAACCGCAGUACGACGCAAUGCUGGAAAACGACAAGAGAGUUUGGUCUAUGAUGAUGGGGCCUUCUAAAGCGCAAUAUAACUUCAACAAGCUAUCACGCGAAGUAGCUAUCGCGGAUGAGCCGAAACAAUAUUGUGGCGGCAAGGACGCUGACGUAUUCUUUGCGUUAGACUCUUCUAACAGCAUCUGGCCAGAGGAUUUCCGAAAACAGAUCGAUUUCGUCACCGAUCUCGUCGACACGUUUGACUUCAAGAACAACAAAACCAGGGUCGGUAUUAUAGUUUACAGUACCAGAAUCUACAUGAAGGUAGCACUACAGUCGGGCUGGACUAAGGAGCAGAUCAAACGACAACUUAGCAAUAUAGAAUAUGUUAGUGGACUCACUAAUACUUCUGACGCCAUACGGUUUAUCAGAACGUAUGGUUUCACCGAGGAAAAUGCCCGUGAGAACGCCAUCAAAAUUGCGAUUAUUUUGACGGACGGGAUUUCCAGAGAUCCCAUAGCAACAAAACAGGAAUCAGUAUUGAGUAGAGCUGAUGGCAUUAAGCUAUUUGCGAUAGGAAUUGGUACCGACAUCGAUAAGACAGAGCUCAAGCGCAUCGCAAACGACCCAGACGACAAGUAUGUGUUCCACGUCAGCAGCUUUGCUGCACUAGCUUCUAUAAGGAGUACCGUUGCAGUCAGCGCAUGCGGGAUAGUCCCAGAUCAACCCAGCAAUUUGUUAUAUUGUGGUGCUGAUUCCUUAGCUGAUGUCAUAUUUGUGUAUGACGCUCCCGGUCUUGGUGCCCGCAAGGCUCGCCUUUUGACAUCAUUUGUUCAUGACGUAACACGAGGUCUUCAGACGGCCUCGGGAAGACUGAGGAUAGGUCGCAGGUCUGACAACUGCCCCCCUAAUAGUAACAUUGAUCUGACAACUGACGCCAACCUUCGAGCAUUUUCCAACAUCCAGUUUCCUGGCAUUGAAACACUGCUCGGCCAACUUAGAAUGGCAUUUCCAAAUAGAUUGGACGCCAAGAAUUUGGCGGUCGUAUUUGUAGAUGAAAGCACACAAAACAUUGAGUUGGCGACCCGUGUACUUAAAGGUGACCUAAACUUCCACGUAAUGGUAGUUGCUAUCGGCGACAUGUCGUUAGCUAGACUUGCUAGUGACCUUGCCACCUUUCCCCACAACGACUAUCUGAUGAACAUUCCAUCGUACAUGUCACUCGGUUCCUACCGUUACGAGUUCCUCCAGAAGCUGUGCUAUCUCAUCACCAACGAACCAAUGUACUUACGAGAUGCUAGAGUCAGGGUAUCUCCAGAUCUGUAAGAAUGAUUAGGAGUCACAAAAUGCAACUGAAAAUGCAAAGAACAAUAUUGUGGUAAAACAUAUUAACAAAUCUUGGGAAUUUAUACCACUGUCGUUUGAGACUUAUUUUGCAGAAUUGCAAAUGUUGAUUUGUAUCAUUGAUACACUUUGAUGAGUUAAUCUAUCGGUUUUGUGGCAGAUGGCCGUUGUAGCAUGUUAACAAAAUUUUGUGAUAGAAAUUAACACAUUAUCUAUAUUCUUUUUGUGUCAGUUUGAUCGAACCAUUUUGAUGUUAAAAUGGUUUUCAAAUGGAUCUUAUCUUAUCUAUUUAAUUAGCGUAUGACAGUAUAUAUCUAACUAAUCAAUUACAUGGGAGACAGUAAAGCAUGACAAAAAAUUGAAAGAGAGUGAAAGAAGGGAGAUAAUCGCGAUAAAAUUGUACUUGAAUAUAUGGUUCAUACGUUUUCAUUUUUGUACAUAAUCAAAUAAUUAAAUAUAUAUUUGUAUCUGAAA